AUGCCUGUCAGUAAAUCGUUGAGUAAGAUAAAGAAGAACUUAAAAUCGAAGGGUAAGAAACCAACUUUGCACCCAGAUGGGCGUAAAUUCAAACAAUUAACCAGGGCAACUUUGCGUGAUGAAAAGAUAAGUGCCAGGAAAAGAGCCCAUAACGAGCGUAGGUCGAACGAGUUGGCACGUGUGAAGUUUGUCCAAGAUGUUAUUAAUUCUGAGUCAUUUAGAGAUAGAGCUACUUUUGACUUCGAUACGAUAGUAAUAUUCAUAAGACAGUUCAUUGAAAGGGAUGACGAUGAACUUAAUGAACUGAUCGAAGAGAGAAGAGCAAAUAGACCACCAUCAAACAAGCAACUCAUUUUACAAAGUAAGAAGAAUCUUGAGUUAGAAGAAUUUGCAAAGGGGUUUCUCGUGCCAGAUUUGACUACUGAACAAAAUGUCACAUUCUUAAGAAACUGGAAUGGCGAUUUUGGCUCCAUGAGUACACUUAAAUUGAUCAGAGUCAACUCAGAUGGCAAGCAAGUCGUAGGUGGUACAACUCAAUAUUAA